UCUCUUAGACUGUCGUAGUGAGCCAAUGCUGCUUUACGGCUGUCGUAGCGAUUAAGUGGCUGACGGACGGCGCCGAGCGGACGGAUAGACGCGAAGAUGGCGGGUCGGGUUGGGAAGCCGAGUCGUUCGAGCGGCGGUCCGGGAGGCAGCGGUCGGAAAGGCGGCGAACAAGAGGAGGAGGAGCAGCCGUUGCAAGCCGUGCUAGUGGCGGACAGCUUUAACCGGAGGUUCUUCCCCAUCUCCAAGGACCAGCCCAGGGCUCUCCUGCCACUGGCCAACGUGGCUAUGAUUGACUACACCCUGGAGUUCCUCACUUCCACCGGUGUCCAGGAAACAUUUGUCUUCUGCUGCUGGAUGUCCAACAAGAUCAAAGAGCACCUGCUGAAGUCAAAGUGGUGUCGGCCCACGUCCCCGAAUGUGGUUCGCAUCAUCACCUCCGACCUGUACCGCUCCCUGGGGGAUGUCCUGCGGGACGUGGAUGCCAAGGCUCUCGUGCGCUCUGACUUCAUCCUCGUCUAUGGGGACGUGGUUUCCAACAUCGACGUCACGCAGGCCUUGCAGGAGCACCGGCAACGGCGCAAAGCAGAGAAGAACAUCUCUGUGAUGACCAUGAUCUUCAAACAGUCCUCGCCAGGCCACAAGUCCAGAUGCGAGGAGGAUGACAUCAUUGUUGCUAUGGACAGCAAGACCAAGAGAGUCCUCCACUACCAGAGGACCCAGGGCCUUAAGAAACUUCAGUUCCCCAUGAACAUAUUCCACAGUGUGAGCGACGAGUUUGAAAUCCGCUACGAUCUUCUCGACUGCCAUAUCAGCAUCUGCUCACCGCAGGUGGCAGAGCUCUUCACUGACAACUUUGAUUAUCAGACAAGAAACGACUUUGUUCGUGGGAUUCUGGUCAAUGAGGAGAUUCUGGGAAAUCAGAUCCACCUUUAUGUGACAAUGGACGGGUAUGGCGCACGCGUGUCUAACCUGCUCAUGUACGACGCUGUUUCCUCGGACAUGGUGCGUCGCUGGAUCUACCCACUCACACCCGAGGCCAACUUCACCGACCGCAAAGGCCAGGAGUGCACACACUCGCGCCACAAUGUGUACCGCGGUGCCGGCGUCAGCCUGGGCCACGGCAGUCACAUGGCGGAGAAUGUUCUCAUCGGCCGGGACACGAGCAUCGGCGCCAACUGUCACAUCUCCAACAGCGUCAUCGGCAGCAACUGCACCAUCGGAGACAACGUGGUGCUGGACCGGGCGUACGUCUGGAACGGUGUACACAUUGCCAGUGGCGCUGUUAUCAGGCAGUCAGUCCUCUGUGACGGCGUCAAAGUGAAGGAACGCGUCACACUCAACCGCCAGUGUGUCCUCGCCUAUAACGUCGUAGUCGGGCCUGAUAUAUCGCUCCCUGAGGGCACGGUUGUCUCCAUGCACCAUCCCGACGAGGAGGAUGAGGAAGAUGAAGACGAGUUCCUGAGUGACGGUGCAGACAACAGCAGCAACCAGGCCAAAACGAAGCUUAAAGCCUUCAGUGCUGCAGAGGUUGGCGCUGAAGGUAAAGGAUACAUCUGGAGACCGGUGAAGCAGGACGACACGGAGGAUGACGAGCUGGUCCAGUGCCUGUGGGGGCUGGUGCUGAAUGACCAGAACAGCGAGAGUGAGAGCGAGGUGAGCGAGGACUCCAACGACCUGGACAGCAGAGGCAUGUCUCCUGAGCUGGAUGAUGUCAAAGUGUUCCAGACGGAAGUAUUGGGGACCCUGCAGAGGGGAAUGGAAGAGAACAUCAGCUGUGACAACCUGGUGCUGGAGAUCAAUUCUCUCAAGUAUGCCUAUAACAUCACCCUGAAGGAGGUGAUGCAGGUCCUCAUGAGGGUGGUGCUUGAGUUUCCCUUCCAGCAACAGGGCCCCCAGCUGGCUGCCGUGCAGUACUGCGCUCUGCUGCUCCGGUUGCUGAAGAAGUGGGCCCCUGUCUUCAGGAACUACGUCAAGAGGGCCCCGGACCAGAUGGACUGUCUUGAGUCCCUCGAGGAGUUCUUCCUAGAGCACGAAACGCACUGGGGGGCCAUGGUCAAAGUCCUCAUGGAGCUCUACCAGCUGGACAUCCUGGAGGAGGAGCUCAUAAUGCGCUGGUUCUCUGACGGGGUGACUUCUGCCAAGAGUCGACAGCUGCGCAAGAACCCUGGUCUCCUGAAGUUCAUCCAGUGGUUGGAGGAGGCAGAGGACGAGUCUUCGGAAGAAGACGGGCAGUGACUCUGCCCAGGGCCUCCGCAGCACCAAUCAUGGAAGGGAGGGACCUAGAGCUCCACCCACAACAGGAGGGGUGGGAGGGGCAGGCUUGCGAAGGGAAGUGUGACAUGUGGUAUUGACUUGAAUUCUGUUGUCCCCUUGUGUACACAUUCAUUGGGCUUUUUAAAAUUAAUUUAUUUGGCAAAAUGUGGAUUUACUGGUUCUUAAAUAGAUAUGCUGAUACGGAGUUCAUUGGGGACUCCCCCUGGCAGUGGACCUGGAUCAUGAAAACUGAGUUGUGCUGGGCCUAAACAUCACAAAACUGAAGUCAUGUGGCAGAAAUCUGCCUGACUUCCAUCUUUUUUGAUAUUGAAAUUUAUUUUCAAUGGCAGAAAAGAUGUUUGUUAGUCUUUAAAGGGUGCAGAAGCAUUUGUUCACAGCCUACAUUCUGUUCUCAGUGCCUUUUUGGGUGCGAGGGAUGCAUGAGAACCUAGCGCGUAGUGGCUUUGCCUGUAGAAACCAAACCCAACCACCACUUGCAAAGGUGGGAAUUAGCUUUUCUCCAGGCAAAGGGAGAGGUCGCAAAACCCGCUGACAGUGUUGAUACAAACAGGUGAUUAUGAUUCUACUGCAUCUGGGAUGAAGCGGAAUGCAGGAGACCCCUGAGCUCUCCAGAACAGAACUUAAGUGUACCGUGCUGGGUCAGAAUUUCCCCCAGUGUUUGCUUACGUUGUCGGGCGGUUGGACACAGCGACACAGGAAAACAAGUGAAAGGUGUCAUACAGACUAGUGAAUUGAAUGUAGUGAAUGCACAAGCCUGGAAGAAGGGUUGAAUGGCAGCAGGGCGCCAGUCCGUGGUGCUGUACCACGGUGCUGUUCCAUAGUGCUGUAUGUCUGGUACCCCUGGCAUGGCUUGCACUGAAGUAAUAAAACUGAAAGACUUA